UUCAUUGUGUUUUUUCGCCGAACGAAUUUAUCAAAUUAUCCAGAGAAUGUUGUUUUACAGAUUGGACCUCCAUGUUCAUGCGUAUAAUAAAUAAAUAACCGUGCAUCGGAUUAAACCAAACUUAAUAUGUAAAAUGAUCAGAAUUUUGUGUAGAUUAAUAAUUUCCAACUUUCAUCCAUGAUAAAAUAAAUUAAACUUGCUGUUUGCAUUAAUUUGCAUAAAUGACAUGCUAAAAUGAGUGAAAUUGGUUAUUCGAUAUUAUGUGAAUUUCUUUUUUGAAUGGAGUGAAAUCAAUUUUUGAAAUGAGUGAAAUAGUUGUUUGGAAAUGAGUGAAAUUGGUGUUUUGAAAUGGGUGGAAUCAUUUUUUCAUGGACUAGUAUUUGUUUAUUGAAAUGAUUGAAAGCAGUUUUCUAAACGAGGAAAAUCUAUUCUUGAAAUGAAUGAAAUAGUUUUUUUGAAUUGAGUGAAAUCAUUUUUGAAAUGACUGAAAUCAAUUUUUUGAAAUGGGUGAAAUCCUUUUUUUGAAAAUGAGUGAAUUCCUUUUUUGAAAUGAAAUAAAACAAUUUUGUGAAAUGAGUGGCUCGGUGUUUGGAAAUGUGUGAAAUUGUUGAAAUCACUUUUUGAAAUAGUAGAAAAGUGUAAUGUUUUUGAAAAUAGUGACAUAUUUAUAUUAAAAAUGAGUGAAAUCAGUUAUUUGAAAUGAGUGAAUAUUUUUUUUCUUCUAAAUUUAGUGAAAUCAGUUUGUUGAAACUAAUCAAAAUGUAUCCUAGAUCGGUCUUGUUUUAACUUUCAGAACCGAAAAUUUGGUUGAAAAGUUAUGAGCACUUACAACAAAAAUAAAAUGCAGGGCUUUCAGUUUGUCGAGAGAGAGAGAGUCGUGCGUGCAGCAACCCGCCCAUCCCUCUACUCUCGUUCUCUUCCUUCAUAGUCAUUCUGGCAAAAGAACAUGCAUGUCAUCGCAUAUUACAAUCUAUAUGUGCGGCAAAAGUUUUCAAUUCUUUAUAUCGCAACUCGACGCACCAAUCUUGAUGGCAAAGUGGGCGGUGGAUGCAUUGCCGUUACAUACCGGCACCGGUAGAAUUAUCACUUUCAGGGUGAAGCCGGCUGGAGAGCACGCAUCUUAAAGCAGCGCGCAUAUUAAAGCAACCGCCUGAUGACUAACAACAAAUAGUUUGUCUAAUUCACAUCUAGAUAUUUUUUAAGGAUGUCACAUCUAAGCUCUUACAAAUAUAUAAUGCAUCAACAAGAAAUAAAAAAACUAGGACAAAAAAUAGACCACAAACUGAGUGGACAUGAGCUUAGAUGUGACAUAACUAUGUCACAUCUAGAUGUGUCCUAGACAGACCCAACAACAAAUCCUUUGCUUUCUUCCAGGAAGGCAUUCAGCCACCGGGCGACAAUGGCGGCGGCAGCGGCCUCCGGGCUCCUACUCCGGAAGGAGCUUCAUCGGAGAAUGCAAGAAGACCGGGGAGUGGGAGCGCUCGCUGCUCUGCUCUGGGCUCUGGGGUCGCUUCCUUUGCGCCAGCACGAGGGAGCAAGCGACCGGAGGGAGGGAGCAACGACGACGGCGAUACAACACCUCCUCUGCGCCUAUAAAUACAACAGAAGCCAUUAUCUAUCGAUCAACCAAACCAUUUCGGCUAUCAAUCGUUCCUCCCUCCCGUUAACAACAGAAGAGAACAGAACAGGCUCCCUUCUUCCUCCCCACCCGUCUUCCCUGCCCGGCUCCGGCUCGCCGCCAUGGCCGCCAACGCGUGCUGUACGUGCGGCGACGCUAUCGACGACGAGAAAGAAGACACGACGUUCUUCGAGUGCGUUCGCUGCGCAAGGUGGCAGCACAACUGCUGCUUCAAGAACUGGGAUUCGUCGGAGGACCCCGAACUGUGCGAUAUUUGCCUCGACCAACAGAAGCAGCAGCCCCACACCACCAGUGGGUGGAGAAACUCGCGAGCUUGGACUUCCGGAUGAUAUGCGAGCCCUACCGCUUCUGCUAUCUCUGCAGCAAGCACUUCUGCGCGCGCUGCUGCCCCGCCGCCCCACCCAGCCGCAGGCGCGAUCACGGCAAUCACCCCACAUUCAUAAUCGAGGUGGUGCAGCACGAGGGGCUGCUGAUCGUCAGAUUGGAGGACGUUAACCACUUCUACGACUGCUCUCGCGUCGAGCCGGAGAUGGCAUUCCCAGGUUGGGUGCGCCUGCAUCCCAAGCCGGAGGAGCAGGAUGCAGGCGGCGGCGGCGGAGGAGAGCCGUGCGGCUUCAGGGAAUGCAACCGUCGAAUAGCCCAAGACUAUGAUUUCUGCUCCAUCCACUGUCAGUUCGAAGAGAUAGGCCGUGAUCCGGUGAUGCCCCCUACUCGCCAAGCGGUCCUGGAUAGUCGGGCUCAGAAGUAUCGUGUGAAGGGACUCCUGACGCUGGAGCAUUCAAAUGGGACACCGAUCGUCAGUCUGGGACAUGGAUGGGACAAGUUCUGCCUCCUCUGCCACGCCGGAUUCAGCUCCCAGGUGUGCCAUCACCACGACAAUCACAGCACCAUCGAAAUCAUAGACACCCCAGAGUUCGGUCUUGUCGCACGCUUCAUACAAACGCUCCAUGGGGAAUGGCUUACCUCCUUGAGCACCGUUCAGAGUUCUAGGGAGGAGAGAGCCCUUGAUGAUGGUUAUGGGUGGUUUUAUACUGAGGUGAUCGUGGAGGUGCCCUUGAUGAUGCAGUCGCACCCAGUUUCAGAGCUACGCCCGAAUUCUUGUCGGUGUGGUAGUGGCAUCGACAAGGACAUGGUGUACUGCUCAGUUCAGUGCAUGGUUAGAUUAUCUUGGAAGAUCCUACUUCAUGCUAAAACUGUGCAAUUGCUGAUAUAUCUUUGCUUGCUUACUUGUGACGCCGGCUCAACUUUCCCAAAAAAUGCAGGCGGGGGACUUGUGAGCGAGCUUCCCAAGCCAAACCGAGGGAGCUGACAAGACAUGAUUCUUUUUCCCAAUGCCACUUCUUGUGGUCAAUUGCUUUUAUUCUUUCAUCUGUAAGAAACUGAAUGUGUGUCUAAUAGUGAGAUGAUACCUACAAACGUUGUGUAUACUCAUGAGUUACUAGUUCCAGCAAGAUUAAUUUGUAGUUUCCCAGCGCAAGGAAUAUUUUGGAAUGUGAGGGGGAUUAGACAGGACACAAAGAAAAACUUUAUCAGAGAGGCAA